ACUCUUUGACUCUGCAGCUGUAAAUGUGAAUAAUCGGUUGAUAAAGAGUUUAAAGACAUUAUUCAUUUAUUUAACUAUUAUUAAUGUAACUUCAUGUCAAACUGUGGACACUCAGAUUUUAUGGUCACUUUUUAUUUUGCAUUUGGAAAAAAAUAAGUUUCUGUGACGACAGCAUGAGACAGUGAAACUAUGACAGCUGGUUCAUUUCCUCUGAUCCAUGUUCCUGUUGUAUUAUUAUGAUUAUGAUUAUGAUUUUUAUGAUUAUUGUUGUUGUCUGUGUUCUGUGGUCAGACAUGAGCAGUGAGAGAAAGGCUCUGCUGGACAAAGCGUAUCCGGAGGUCGUGACCUUCUGUCGCAGUCUGGGGCUGAUGUUCGAGGUGGUGGAUCUGCGCUGGGGGAUCAGAAACGUCCCGUCUGGAGACCACGAGUCCGCGGAGAUCUUCCUGCAGGAGAUCCAGAGCUGCGAGAGGAUUUCAGCCGGUCCGUCUUUCGUCGCCCUGCUGGGGAACCGGUACGGCCACCGAUCUCUUCCUCGCCUCAUCCCGGAGAAACUCUUUGAAGUUCUUUUGUCCAAACUCUCCAAGAGCCCUGAAGGCGUCGAACAGCUGAGUCAGUGGUUCUUAAAGGACAGCAAUGCGGUCCCGCCCACCUACGUCCUUCAGCCAGUCACGGCUCACUUCCCCCACUACAGCGACCUCCGACCUGAGCGUAGGCCUCAGCGGGACAACGAGGUCCUGUCCUGGCGUUUCACAGAGAAUCAACUGUUGCAGCUCCUACGAUCGGCCGCCGCCGCCGCCGAGGCCGCCGGUGACAUCACCAGCGAGCAGAAACAGAAGUUCUACACAUCAGUCACACAGCGGGAGUUGGAGCAGGGUUUGUGGAGAGACGACAGCGAACCGUCGGCUCUGCUCUUCGUCAGAGAGAUUCCCCGGCAGAGGGGGAGGGACGGCCCCAAGCGUCUCGCCAAGUACAUGGACGUGACCGCCGACGGGCUGCUGGACGCAGAAGCUGGGGAACUCCUGAGCGGCCUCAAGUCUCGGCUCUACGCCUCGUCGAGGGAGGUCCUCAACCUGCACUGUGUGGAGCUGAGCAAGGGGAGCGUGGACCCCAAACGCAAGGAGCACGCUCAGUACCUGGACGCCGUCUGUGAGCAGUUUGUGACGCAGAUGAUGGCCCGGGUCACGGCGGCGGUCGACUCCCCCACCGACGGGAGGCGGAGGAAGAUCUGGGGAAGCACCGGGGAGGAGAAGGAGCAAACGUCCGACUGGGUUGUCGAAGAGGCCGAGCAACACGCCGCCAUGAGCGCAGAGCUGAGCAGGGGUCUCAUUGGUCGAGAGGAACUCCUGGGUAAGAUCUGUCUCGCCAUGUGGGAGUCCACCAACGCCCGUCACGGCCCUCUGGUGGUCCACGGCGCCGCUGGGAUGGGGAAGACGGCUCUGCUGUGCAAACUGGCGCAGGAGAUGCAGCGAGUCAUGGAGGCGGGGUCAGUGGUGGUGAUCCGGCUGCUGUCGGCUCGCCAUCCUCACAGACCGGACGUCGACCACGUCUUGCGCAGCGUCUGCCUCCAGGUGUGUCUGGCGUGUGAUCUGUCACCGCCCUCGCCGCUGACGGCCGGCUCUCCACCGGAGCUGCUCGGCUUCUUCAGGAGCGUCCUGGCCCAGGUGUCCGGGCGGGGGAACACUCUGCUCCUCGUGCUGGACGCCCUGGAUCAUCUGUCAGAGCAGCAUCACGCUCACAGACUCGGCUGGCUCCCCGCCGACCUUCCGCCCAACAUCCACCUGGUGGUUUCCAUGGCCACCAGCAGCGAGGCAUUUGCUUCCAUGCGUCUGAAGGCGGAGACUUCGGCGAGCUUCUUUGAGGUGGAGCGUUUGUCUCGUGACGAAGGGAAACAGAUGAUGGAGUCGAACCUGCGAACGCGGCGGCGGACAUUGACCCCGGAGCAGAGCGACGCCGUGCUGCGGAGCUUCGAGUCGACCGGCUGCCCGCUGCACCUCCGACUCAUUCUGUCCGCCGCCAAACGCUGGAGCUCCUUCACCCGGCGCACUGAGCUACACCUGGGCGCCAGCACACAGGAAAUGAUGUCACAGCUCUUCCUGAUGCUGGAGGAGAAACAUGGGAAGGAGCUGGUGGGCGGGGCCUUAGGAUACCUCGCUCUGGCCAGGGAGGGGCUGCUGGAGGCCGAGCUGCGUGACGUCAUGUCCCUGGACGAUGACGUCAUCAGCGAGGUGUACAGGCACUCGCCGCCUCCGACGCCCUCGCUCAUCCGGCUGCCCCCCCUCCUGUGGGCCCGGCUCAGACGGGACCUCGAGGACCAGCUGGAGGAGCGGUGGACGGGCGGAGUCGCCGUCGUCGCCCUCAACAACUGGCAUCUGUCGGAGGCGGUGUCCGCUCGCUAUCUGACGUCAGAGCGACGGGGGCGGAGCCACAGGAUCCUGGCGGAGUACUUUCAGGGUCGUUGGUCCGGGAAACUGAAGCCGACGGCUCUGCCGGGUCUGACGCUGUUCCUGUCAGACAGAAAGGUCCCGCCCCAGCCGCUGUGGUUCGCUCCAGGAUUGGCUAACGUCAGGAAGCUCCAGGAGCUGCCCUAUCACCUGCUGCACGCUGGGAUGUGGGAGGAGCUACGAAAGGAAGUCAUCGGCAGCGCUGAGUGGUUGUUCUGUCAGAGUCGGAUCUGUGGCGUGUCCAGUGUGAUCCAGGACCUGGACCACAGCUCCCGGUACAUGGACUGUACCGAGACCGGACUGAUCCGGGACACGCUGGUCCUCAUCAAGCCCAGCCUUGACUUCCUGGACAGUCACAUGGACGUGACUCUGUUCUACACCGAGCUGCUGGCCAGACUCUGCUCCCUGGCCACGCCCUUCCCCUCUGUGAUUGGCCGGCUGUGCAGCCAGUGCGAGGAGUGGUUACUGACGACGCCCGAGCCCGUCCUCGUCCCACAGUGCAGCUUCCUGCAGCAGCCAGGGGGGGCGCUGCAGCACACGCUGCCCGGGCUGCACGGAGGUGUUCUCUGUGUGGAUGUCAGUGAGGAGGCGGAGCUUGUGGUGGCGGGUGCAGAUGACGGGGCGGUGGCGGUCUGGAGUCUCAGUGACCAGCAGCUGGUUCACACUCUGCUGGGACACACAGGCGCGGUUCUGUCCGUCAAGGUGAUUGACAGCUCGUCUUGCUGCCUCUCAUUGGCUGCUGACGGCUCUCUGAGGAGGUGGAGUCUGGUGAACGGCCUCCAGCUGCUCUGCAUCCAGGAGGCGGUGCCUGUUGACUCCUCCCCCUCAUCAGUUCACCUCCACCUGUCAGAUCAGAGUCAGCUGCUCUGUGUUUACACCAGGACGCAGGUGAAGCUGUGGCGUCUGGACGGAGCCGAGCUCUUCAGCAGCCGCGCUGACGAAGGCUCGGUGGUUCUGGGAGUUCUGGAGGAAUCUGUGGUUUCUCUGUCCGACUCGGGUCGGGUCAGAAUAUCUGGUCCAGUCGACGCCACUCGUCCCGUUGAGGCUCCGCUGGAGAACUCACAGAAGUUCACUCUGGUCAACUCCGUCAUUUCACCAGAACGUGGGAAAGUGUUCGUGGUCACCAGAGAAGGGUUCCUCCACCAGAUUUCCAUGACGGGGAAACACACGACUGUCGAGUUUCCUCUGGUUCCAUCUCUACUGUCUGUUACUGAAGAUGAGAAGAUACUGAUGGCAGCCGCUGAUCGAACUCUGAGCCUCUUCAACGUCCUCACAGACUCUGUGGACAGAUUCCUCGACCUCCAGCACGAUGACGACGUCCUGUCGGCCUGCGUCUCUUCAGACGGACGGCGGCUCGCCACCGGAGCAGCCGACCAGCUCAUACGGAUCUGGUCGGUGACCACCGGGGCGCUGCAGGACUGUCUGUGUGGGUCGGAUUCUCCCGUCACGUCGCUGCUUUGGUACAAAGGUUCUGUGGUUUCAGCCUCAGCAGCCGCCGCCUCCGUCCGACUGUGGAGCCCGAAGUACGACGCCCGACACAAGCCCACCGCCCACGUGCCGUCGGGCUGCGCCCACGCCGCCGUCACCAGGGACGGCGAGCGGGUUUUCUUCAUCCGACACGAGAGCCAGAGAGAAGUGAUCAGCUGGAACAACGUCACAGGUUGUCUGUCGGAUCGUCUGUCCGUCUCAGCGGAGGUUUCCUGUCUGGAGUUGGUUCAGCUCAAGCGUUUCCUCUUGUGCGGUCUGACGUCCGGCACCGUCCUCAUCUACCCCUUGGCUCUGCCCCAGGAGACCCUGUGCAUCCCCCCUCCGGAGAGCCGGUCCCGGGUGCUCUGCCUCGCCGUCGGCGCCCGGGAGAAGCACGUGGCGGUGGCCUACGAGGACCGGGUGUGUCUGUUUGAGAUCUCCAGCAGAGACAGCUUCCCCACGGUGGACGGGCCCCUGCACAGCGUCCCCCUGCCCCUCCUCCAGGCCCCGCUGUCCUCCAUGGCGCUGCUGCCCGACCGCCGGCUGCUGUACGGGACGAGCGGCGGCGAGGUGAGUCUCCGCGACUUCGGCAGCGGCGGCGGCUCCAGUCUGGAACCUCACGGCAGCAGAGUGACGUGCGUGACGGGCAGUAACUGGGGGACUCACGCCCUGGUGGGCUCGCAGGACGGCGUGCAGAGACUGUGGGCUCUGAGCCCGCUGGUCCUGGACCACACCGCGGAGUUCAAGGGUUUUUUCUUCGAGGGCGUCGUCUCCGCUGCGUUCUCCGAGAGCGACCAGUUCGUCUUCACCGGAUCUCAGGACAGAACCGUCAAAGUGUGGGACGUGGCCUCAGGAAACCUGCUGUACGUCCAGUACGUCUACUCUCCGGUCGUGAGGAUGGUGACCUUCAGGAACGGUUUUGUGGCGUUGUCUCAGCACGGCGCCGUCAUCAGAGAAGUGUUCCGCUGUCCGGACCACAUCAGUCCGGACUACAACCCCCUGAGGAACGUCAAGGCCCAGUACCGGGUCACCUCCAGGGACAAGGACCGGGACGCCCAGCAGGCCUCCGUGUCCGACCCGCAGGACUACAACCCGGCCCAGUUCAACCUGAACGUCCUGAGCAUGCUCCGAUCCAAACCCCCCUCCUCCACCUGCCUCAUACUGUAACACACGGGGGG